AUGGUUCAGGGACGGGUUCUUGUCAUUGCCGGCUCGGACUGCUCCGGCGGAGCAGGCCUGGAGGCGGACCAAAAAGUCAUCGCGGCGCAUGGCUGCUAUGCCAUGACGGCCACCACGGCGCUGACGGCGCAGGACACGACUGGAGUGCACGACAUUCACCACGUGCCGCAGGAGUUUCUUCUCAAGCAGAUUGAUGCCUGUUCCGGCGACAUCGGGGUGGACGUCGUCAAGACUGGCAUGCUGGCUUCGCCUGCUACGAUUGAGACGGUUGUCGAGGCUCUCAAGAGGCACAAGGUCCCCAAGGUCGUCGUUGACCCGGUCAUGAUCGCGACCAGCGGCGCAGAGCUGCUCCCUCGCGAAGCCGUCGCCGCGUUGCUGGAAGGCCUGCUCAAGCUCACCACCGUCCUCACGCCAAACAUCCCCGAGGCGAAGCUCAUCCUCGAGGACUCGGGCCACGCGCCGGUCGAGGUAGAGAGCGUCGGGGACCUCGAGGCGAUGGCGAAGGCGGUGCAGGCGCUGGGGCCCGAGUGGGUGCUCGUCAAGGGCGGACACGCGCCGUUCAAGGCGGAUUUGACUGUGGCGAAGAGCGAGGAGGACAAGGCUGUUGUUGUGGAUGUGUUGUAUGGGCACGGCGAGUUUUGGCAUGUGCAGAGCCCGUAUCAGAGUUCGACGAAUACGCACGGGACUGGGUGUUCUUUAGCUUCUGCUAUUGCGUCUAAUCUGGCAAAGGGUCUUGGUGUACCGGAAGCUGUCAAGUCGGCUUGUCGAUACAUUGAGGCCGGGAUCAAGACUGCUCCUGGGUACGGAAAGGGGCAUGGUCCGCUGAAUCACUUUCACUCUAUCCAGACGCUGCCCUUUGCACCUGGGCGCUUUAUCGAGUACAUGCUCGAGAGACCGGAUGUCAAAGAUGUUUGGAAGACGUUUGUGUAUCACCCCUUCGUCAUGGCCAUGGGAGACGGGACGCUGCCCAUGGAGUCGUUCAAGCAGUAUCUCAUCCAGGACUACCUCUAUCUGGUUCACUUCGCUAGAGCCAACGCGCUGGCUUCUUACAAGGCGAAGAGCAUAGCAGACAUCUCGGCCGGUGCCACAAUCGUCAACCACAUAACUCGUGAGAUGAGCCUGCACAUCGACUACUGCAAGGGUUUCGGCAUCACGGUGCCUGAAAUCGAGGCUACAGAGGAACAUCAAGGCAAGUCUUAUCUUGUGGAUGUUGCCUGCACGGCGUACACGCGCUACGUCCUCGACGUGGGCGUCAGCGAGGACUGGAUCGCGCUGCAAAUGGCCCUCGCGCCAUGCCUGCUCGGAUACGGCGCCGUGGCAAAGCAGCUCCACGGCGACGUCAAGACGAAGCGCGAGGAGAACACGUACUGGAAGUGGAUCGAGAACUACGUCGCUGACGACUAUGUCGAGGCGGUGAAGACCGGCUCAGAGUUGAUUGAGAGGCAUGCCGCCCUGCAGAGCCCAUCGAGUAUAGAGCGGUUGAUCAAGAUCUUUAUUCACGGCACAAAGAUGGAGAUUGGUUUCUGGGAAAUGUUUCCCUACCGGUGA